AUUAAGAGUGUACGUUUACGUCUCAACUUAGACAAACAAUAUUGGAGCAUAUACUAAAUUGAUAACAGCAUUCCAAUGUUUUAUUACAUUUCUAGUUCAUAAUUUGAGGUGAUCAUAUUAAAAUGGAUCAAGCAAGGGCAGAGGAAAAUGAAAGUGAAUCUGGAAAAAUAGACGUAACAUCCCAAUCGGACGGAGCAGAUAAUAUAGCUGAGCUACAUCGUAAAAUUAAUGAGGAAUCCAACAAAAUAGCAUAUCUUUCCAAAACCUUGGAGCAGAAGGAUGAUCUGAUAAAACUUUUAUUGAAAGAAAAAAGCAUUCUGGAAUGUGAGAAAAACUUGUUUCAAAAAGAACAACAAUCUGCAGUAAAGGACAAGGAAAACAUAGUUAUGAGAUUUGCAAUGGUGGAAAAAAAUUUACUUGAUGUAAGAACCCAACUCGAGCAAGCUGAUAAACGGGAGAAAAAAGUGCAGAAAGAAUUGGAUUCAUUAAACGAGAAGUUCAAGCUAGCUAAAGACGAAAAAUGCCGAGUUGUGUCAGCUUUGGAUGCUAAAUCUCAAGAUCAUAAAAACAGUUUAAAAGAUAUAGAGAAAUUAAAAGCCGAGAUUUCUUCGUUGGAAACUAAAUGCAAAUGGAGUACGGUAAAACUAAGGCAAGAACUUGAAGCCAGAAAUGGCCUUGAAAAGGAGUUACAAGAGUUAAAGAACGCGGGAAACAAUACGAAAUCAGAAUCAGACGAAUGUAGCUUGGAAAAAAUAGCUGAGCUUAAGGCCAGUCAGAUAACAUUGAAACAUGUUAAUGUUGAGCAAGCAGAAAAAAUAUGUACCCUCGAACAACAGAUAGAAAACAUUAGUAAAGAGCUCAAUACCGUCAAAUCACUGUUAGCAGUUAGUAACGAAGAGAGAGCAAAUUUAAGCGUUGAAAAUCAAAAAAGUCACCAAGAAAAUAUGGACCUGCAAAAUCAACUGGAUUUCAGUGUACUCAAAAUAGCUGAGCUUCAAUCAAAGCUCAAUGAUUUGGAAACCCUUCGAGCUCAGUUAUCAAUAGCCAACGAUGCCAACUAUAAUUUUGCAGAACACAUUAAAUGUGUAGAAAAGCAACUGGUCGAGCAAGUGGCAGAUAUAACCAAAUUUCACCAAAGAGAAUCCGAACUACUGGCGUUGAACGAAGAGUUGAGCUCACUGAACGCCACACUGCAGAAUGAGAUUUCGUUGCACAAGUCGAAAAGUCUGGCCAUGUCCUUAGAGAACGAUUCUGCUAAGAAAAAUCAAUCUCACUAUGAGAUAAGUAUAGUUAAAUUACAAGAGGAGCUCGCCCACGAAAGAAAAGUUCGUUCCGAGGAACGCUUGGUAAUGGCAAGACAUUUAGCCGAAAAGUCGAAAGAUUGUGACAUUUUUCAGCAGAAACUGGAUCAGGCUCUUGGAGAUUUGGACGUUUUGAAAAAGAAAAACACAUUAAUAGUAAAGGAUCUACAGCGAGAGAUUGCUGCUUUGCAAAAGUCGUCUUUAAAACCCGUAAUUGUAUUAACAAAUGGAACUAACGUCACGAAUGAUCCAGCUAAACCUCAUUCCAGUGAAUCCGGCGAACGCGUAGAUGUCUACGAAGAAAAGGAACCAUCCACCGCCAAGCUAAUCGAGAGGAUAAUUCGAUUGCAACACGCAAACAAUCGUCAGGCAGAAAAAAUCGACUUUUUGGAAAAUCAUUCCUCAACUUUAGUUACAGAGUUGCAGAAGAAGACAAAAAUCGUUCAGCAUUAUAUGAUGAAGGAACAGGCUACCUCGAUGCCUUCAGGAGAUAAAAACAAG